AUGGCCCGCACGCCCACCGUUGCCAAGUCGCCGCCGGAACUUAUCCCGCCGGCCGGGCCAACCCCGGGUGGCACACUCCCGCUCUCAUGCAUCGACAGGGCAUUCGGUGGUUCGGGUUUCGUGAGCCUCAUCCAGGUCUUUCCCCCGUCCUCGCUCUCCGCCGCCCACGAUGACCAAGGCAACGCCGCGGUCGUGGCAGCGAUGCGCAGCGGGUUCGCGAGGGCGCUCGUGCCGUACUACUCAGUGGCAGGUCGCGUCGCCCCGUCCGGCCUAGCGGUGGACUGCACUGGCGAGGGCGUCUGGUUCGUGGAGGCCGCCGCGAGUUGCACGCUCGCCGACGUGGGCGGCCUUGAGUGCUUCCCUCUGCUCAUCCCCGGGGAGCUCCUCCUCCCGCGCCCUCCCCCAGGCGAGAAGCUCGACGGCGUCAUCUUCAUGGCUCAGGUGACGAGGUUCACCUGCGGUGGGUUGGCCGUUGCGAUCAGCUUCAACCACGCCGUGUUUGACGGGCGCGGCGCGGCGCAGUUCCUCACGGCGGUGGGGGAGCUAGCGCGGGGUCUCCCGGCGCCGUCGGUGGCUCCGGUGUGGGACCGCGACGCGAUCCCUGACCCGCCCAGCCCGCCGGCGCCGCUAUUCAAGUUCCUCACGGAGUUCAGGCUCGUGACCCAGGUGGCGGACAUCUCGGCCGCGAGCAUCCAGCGCGUCAAGGAUGAGUUCAGGCAGGCCGCCGCGACAUCGUCGGGGGAGGACUGCUCCACCUUCGACGCGGUGACGGCCGUCGUGUUUAAGUGCCGCGCUCUGGCACUGGAGGCGGCGCUCCCGGACGACGCCGAGGUCCGGGUAAGCUUCGCCGUCAGCACGCGGCACCUCCUCCGCGGCGUGCUGCCGGCGGUGGACGGCUACUACGGCAACUGCGUGUACAUGGCCUGCGUCGCUAGGACCAGCAGGGCCGCCCGGGAGUUGGCGCUGGCGGAGCUGGUCGGAGCGGUACAGGUCAACUUCGCCGCGACGCUCCUAUUCGUCAGGCCGCCGGCGCCCAGGCGCGAGGGGAUCCGGGUGCUGCUCCGCUGCGUCGAGGAGCCGCACGCCGCCAUGUUUGCUGCCGAGCUUGCCAAAUUCGCCUAG